AUGGAUCAAUGGAAAGUGCUAUUCCUGAUUUGUCUCUACGGAGCUGUUAAAGAAUUCCGGCCCACUGAACCCUACAUGUACGAAUACCAACAUAACGUUUUGAACAUGUCAGAACACACUUUGAAUAGUGAGGUUUAUCCUAUCUGGACCUACAGUUACUUGGUGGCACUAAUUCCAUCGUUUUUAUUGACAGAUGCACUUUUAUACAAACCAAUUUUAAUUAUUGAGGCAUUAUCGUAUUUUUCGUGCUGGUGUAUUUUUGUUUUCGGACGGUCGGUGUGGUCUAUGCAGGUAAAAUUUUUUGGUCGGAAUUUAAAUUUUUACAAUCAAUUUCAGCUUUUAGAAAUGUUCUACGGAUGGGCGACGGCCACAGAGAUUGCUUAUUUUUCGUAUAUUUAUGUGAUGGUACCGCGAAGUGAAUAUAAGUCAGCCACUGCAUUCACACGAGCAGCUCUUCUAGUCGGCCGAUUUCUCUCCUACGCCUUGGCCCAACUUUUAAUCGGCCUAUCCUGGGCCGACUACAUGACCCUAAACAUUAUCAGUUUGGUAACCAUGACCCUAGCAGUUUUGCUAGCAUCUUUACUCCCAAUGGUCAAAUGGAGAAAAGCUUAUCAGAAGAAAUUGGAAGAUAACAAUUCACAGAACGAUUUAGAGAGUCUGGUCAAUGAUGCAAGUUACAAGGACUACUUGAAACUGUUCUUCAGGGAGCUACAUCAAAAUUUAUAUGCGAUUUAUCGUAACCCUUUGAUAUUGAAGUGGUCCGUAUGGUCGGCAUUGUCAAGUUGCAUUUUUUAUCAGAUUGUAAACUACACUCAAACACUGUGGGGUACUCUCCCCGAAGAGCAAAACAAGUACAACGGAAUCACAGAGGCCUUAGUACCUCUAAUGGGCAUUCCUGCCGACUUAAUCACCCGUCAAUUAAAUGUAAAUUGGAACAAAUGGGGUGACGUAUUCCUUGCCAUUGGAUCUGUCAUACAAUCCGGGUUGCUAUUCUGGAUGUCCCAAUCUCAUCAAAUCAUCAUAAUGUACAUUUGCUAUAUCAUUUAUCGAGUCAUUUAUCAAUUAUCCACAACUAUUGCACAAUCGACACUGGCACUUUCUUUGGAUUCAAGAUUGUUUGGUCUCCUUUUUGGAAUCAACACUUUUGUUGCGUUGGCACUCCAAUCAAUACUUACAGCUAUCGUUAUUGAUGCUGAAAAAUUAGAGAUUAGAGCUCAGUACGUUGUCUACUCUGCAUACCAUCUGGCAGUUGCCGUUUUAUUUUUUGUGUUAUUUUCAAUUUGGACUACGCGGAAAUUGAUUGAAUCCAGAUCUCACACCGAUGCAUAA